CGGAGGCGCCGCGACGCAGCACGACGCGAGGCUCGUCGGGUCUGCACGCCCCCGCAGCCCGCGCCGACCCCGCAAACACCACAACGUCGGCCAGCCUGGCCUCGCCGCGGCCUACCAUGCCGCUGUAGACAGUAACCCCCCAGCCGGCGCCCUGGAGCAACGACAGAGGAGCACCAGCCUUCCCCCCUCCCUGCAGGACUUGGCCGACGCUCCCCGCCUGGCCAUGACGGACAGCGAGGACGAAGGCUCCCUGGACGACGAGUGCCCCAUCAACGAGGAGUGGCUCGAGGACGUCCUGGGGUGCUACCACCGCCAGCGCUACGCCACCGACCAGCAGCUCUGCGUCAAGGUGGGCGACUUCACGGUCAAGCCGGGGUGCGCGGCGAGCGAGAGCGUGCUGAGCGACAUCGUGGCCGUGGGCGUGGACUACAAGCUGCUGCUGGCGCUCGAGCGCGGCCGCGAGGCUGAGGAGACGUCGCACUCCCUCUCGCUCGUGGUCAAGCUGCUGCCCAGCGACCCCUUCUCUCGCCUCUUCGUCACCGAGGCCCAGUUCGAUCUGCGGGAGAUCAGCUUCUACACCAAGGUGGUGCCCGACCUGGAGGCGCUGGACCCCGACUCGGUGCUGCCCAUCCCGCGCUGCUACUACGCACGCUACGCGCCCGCCACGGACAUCGCGCCGCCAGAGAGCCUGCUGGUGCUGGACAACCUCAAGGCGCAGGGCUACAAGGGCCAGCCCUUCUCGCUUGGCCUCAACCUGCACCAGGCGCGCGCCGCGCUCACCAGCGUGGCCCGCCUGCACGCCCUCACCCUGGUGCUCAAGCUGCGCGACCCGGACUGCCGGCCGCUGUCCGAGCGCUACCCCUUCCUGUUCGCCGCCGAGCGCGCCAGCGAGUCGUACCAGGAGCUGGUGGAGCGGGGCAUGCCGCUGGUGGACGACUUCCUGCGACGCCGGCCCGGCAUGGAGCCCGUGGCGCGCGCCCUGGCCCGCCUGCGGCCGCUCACCAAGUCCCUGAUGACGGAGCUGCUGGCGCCCGUGGGCAGCAUGGCGCUCAUCACGCACACCGACUUCUGGUGCAACAACUUGCUGUUCAAGGACGCGGGCGGCGACCAGGGCGAGCUCACGUGCGCCGUGCUGGACUGGCAGAUGGCCACGUACUCACGGCCCACCAACGACCUGGCGCUGCUGCUGCUCAGCUCCCUGUCCACCGCGCUGCGCCGCGAGAGCGAGACGGACCUGGUGGACACGUACUGGCGCAGCUUCACGUCCACGGCGAGCCGCCUGGGCGUGGACAUCGAGGCCGAGCACGGCUACGACCGCCGCCAGCUCGACGCGGACCUGCAGCGCUCCAAGCUGCUCGCCAUCUUGCUGUGCAUCGGCUCGGUCGAGGUGGCCAUCGGGGACCCCCUGACCGAGCAGCGCCUCCUGGACGUGCUCACCGACCUGCACCAGGACGGCGCCCUCGACGUCCAGAGCGGGGACGCCGUGGAGCCCCUCAGCCCCGUGGAGCAGCCCGACGCCUGAGCGCAUGAGCGAGUGUGUGUGAGAGAGACACGUUGGGAGAGACGCCCCCGCAGCCCCGCGGCGAGAGGCGAAAGGAGGCAAGCGAGGGGCAAAGGCGCGCCAGUGCUGUGUAGUGUUUCGAGUGUGGCGCACCGACGAAAGGGAUGCUCUCUCUCGCCGCCGUCAAAUCCAUUUAUCGUUCCGUUUCCUCGUACGACUCACAAGAAGUAAUAAUUUAUGAUUGUCACUGAGGUUUAACUACUCAGCAGAUGUAAAGGAAACGGCGCAAUGCAGGCGUCACGUUGGGCCAGAUAUUGUAUCACGUUUUUUCUCUUUCAUCGAUUACUCUGACUGACGCCAAUUACUUUAAAUUAUAAAUGAUAUUCUUCGCCAAAGACUUUGCCGCACUGUUUAACCCGACCGAACCCUGCCGAAGUUGAAAAAAAGUAAAACGGUGAAAAAGUUGAAAAGUAAAAGAAUGGCGGCGAGCGCGCUGGCAGAGGCUGGCAGAUGUCGACGGACGACGGACUGGCGGCGGAAGUAUCAUUUCCGAUUUGUGGUCAGAGCGUGGCGGUGCGGGGCGGGGCGGGGCGCGGCGCUCUUGUAGGCGCCCGGGUGUCCGGGUCCACCAUAGGACUGCAGGCGUGCGUACACUGCGCACACUGCCAACAGGCCCGGCACUGCAGAAUGCUGGUCACGCGGAGUGCGAAACUCGAGCAGCACGCCGGCGCGCGCCGCGUCCCGGAACGCUCUCGGAAAGUAGGCCGCACCGCAACGCACCGCAACGCACCGCUCCGACUGCUCUCGCGCCUCGGACCGGGCGGGGCCGGGCGGGGCCACCGGCCGCCCCGCUCGCGCAAGGGAACAACAGCCACCGCGACUCGUCAACAAGCCAGUGCCAUUUGUAUCCCUCUAAAAAUAGGAAUCUCUUUGCGGAGACUCCGCGGGAGCACGCCGCAGUGCCGCACCAGUUUCUUUUUCGGCACCCUGCGCCGCGCCACGCGCACGCCUUGUGAUACGCCCGUCCCGCCGUCCGCGGGGCAAGCCGAGCCGCCGAGGGGCUAGCCAGGCAACGAGCCCCGAGGCUGCGACCGGCACAGCGACUGCACAAAGACUGCUCGCGGACCUCCGCGGUCCGCUUGGGAGGGAAACGCCAGGAGCGAUAUUUUAUCUUGUAAAAGUUAACUAAAGCUUUAUUUAUUUUAAAUGGCCGCGUAAGCACUGUUUUCUUUUUCAUUUUACAAAGUCUUUAAAAUGAUAAAGACGUCCGCACUGUUGUGUUCGGCAUCAUGGCAACAUGCUGGCCUUCCUGUUUUCGGGCCAAACCCACGGACUAACACUGUGUAAAGCGAAACCCCUGUGGAAUUUCGGAAUAAACAGAAAUGUUGCCGAUUGAA